AUGUCGGAUACACCGAACAAAGAGCAAUCCGAAGAACCAAAACCUGAGGUCAAGUUUACAAUGGCUGAUGACGAUGAGGAAGAUCAUGAGCAGCCAGAGCAAGUUCCUGAGCAUAUAGAGACCGAACAGGUUGAGGAUGAAGCUGAGGCUGGAUCUCCAAAGAAACCUCCCGGUCGUGUUCGUACCGAGUCAAUUGGACAGUCGACUGAUGAUUUUAUCGGUGAUCAUCGGCAUCGUAAAACCGAAAAAGAAGAAGAUGAAGAGCUGAUCAUACAUCAGGCUAAAAGGACUGAUACUCUAAUCAGAAGAUGCACUGACCACAAUACUGUCGUAUGUGGUCUAUCAUAUUUAUUGCGCGGCAGUUUCAUUCCAGUUGACUCUAACUGUGCUUAG